UUCACAAAUCGGUUGACGGAGAGGGACAGACCUACAGACACGAACCGGAGAGCCUGCUGACAGAAUCGGCGUCUAAUCUGCAAAAAAAUCCGGACUGCGACCGCUUGCAUCAACAUGGAGAAGAAGAUCACAGAUUUUUCAGGAAAGUGGACAAUGAAGUCUUCGGAAAAUUUCGAGGAACUUUUGAAAGCGCUGGGUGUGAAUGUGUUCUUAAGGAAGAUUGCAGUGACAGCUGCCUCCAGCCCGGCAGUGGAAAUCACUCAGCAGGGAGAGAGUCUGUCCAUCAAGACGUCCACCAGUGUCCGCACGACCCAUGUCUCCUUCACUGUGGGUCAGUCCUUCAAUGAGGCCACAGUGGAUGGACGUCCCUGCACGAGUCUUCCUAAGUGGGAAACAGAGAGCAAGAUCAGCUGUGAACAGACUCUACAGAAAGGCGACGGGCCCAAGACGUCGUGGACCCGAGAGCUGACCAACGAUGGACAGCUGAUACUGACAAUGACUGCUGGGGAUGUCGUCUGCACCAGAGUUUAUGAGAGGGAAUGAGGAAUCUUUUUCAAGACUGUCAUCCAAUACUCCUGUUUUGUGCCUCAUGCAUGGUUUACAUUUCCUCACCUGGUUUUCCUCUUCGUCCUCCUCCCAGCCAGUCACAUGCUGGUCAAACUGUGUAGGAAAGCCUUCAGUUUACAUGGAUGCACAGUAUGUUGGAGCAGUAGUUGCUUUUAUAACUCCAAAGCUGAGCUUAUUGUGUAUGUAUCAUACAGAAAUCUCACACAUUCCUUUUUUUAAAGCUGUUUUGCAGUGUCUAAAUCUUUUUUCAUGAUAAACUGUUUUAUAUGAACUUACA